GUUUUUUAAUUUUUAGCAAAUACCCAGACGAGUGCAUUUGAUAACCAUUCUAAAAGUGGAAACAAUAUCAUUGUUAAAGAAGAGAUAAUGCACAAUGUUUUAACAGAGCGGGUUUCAACCUCCACCACAACUGAAAAUCAAUUGUAUACUUCAACAUUACCUACUUUCACGACUUUGCCAACGACCAAAAUAGUGACGACCAAUUUUUAUUUGCCGGAAACCUUACACCCCACACAACCAAGUGUUGAUCACGAGCAAGACAAUACAGAGUCCACAACGGAGACAAUAAUAAACACUGCUGUCGCCGAAAAACUGGCAAUCGAGACUACAAUCCUACCAAUGGUGGAAUCAACUACGCAUUUCUCUGAGAUAAUUCAUCGGCCCACUGAUCCAUUCCUGUUGCUGAAUACGAGCAUUACAAUUGGGGAAACCAAUAAUACUGCGAAUUGGAAUAAUGGUUCCAACCAUAGUGGAAGUUUCACCUCUUCCGUCCCGACAACUACCAAUUUAACGAUUUCGACUUUUCCAGUUGUAGCAGCAAGAAAACGGAAAAUGUGGAGCACCUAUGACAAAAUUGGAUUAUAUGCAUGCAGAAUUACUAAAUUACUUAAGAAGAAUAAUUUCUUUCAUGAUCGAGAUCUUUCUACUAUUAAUAAUAUCAUAUCGAGGAAAUUUGAUUAUGUAUUAUGUGAUUCGUUACUCAGCGGAAAGCCAAUAUUUUAUGCCAAAAACAUUUAAAUAUAUGCAACAAGUUAAUUAAGCAAAUGCAUUUGCAGAGUGUUGGAUUUAGAGGAAGUUCUAGCAAUAAAUAAUUAUGAUAAUUUUAUUACAAUAAAUGCAUGAAAUUUUUUCGAUUUA